GAAAAUUUCCCCAAUCCGACGCCCUCCUCCUCCUCCCCCCUCCCCCCUGCUGGAUCUCCUCCACUCCCCAUGGUAGCCUCCCCCGCCCCGCGCUGCUGACCCCUGGGCCCCACCGCCGCUUCCGCCGCCGCUCCCGUUUCCCCCGGCUCUCGCUCUCGCGCGAGCCGUAGCCGUUGCUGGGGAGGAGGAGGAGGGGAAAGCUCGAGGUAUUUGGAUGCGCGCGAGCCGAUGGCGACGCCGGCCGCCGAGAAGCCCGACGGGGUGGAGAUCCGCGAGGUGUGGGAGGACAACCUCGAGGCCGAGUUCGCGGUGAUUCGGGAGAUCGUUGACGACUUCCCGUACGUCGCGAUGGACACGGAGUUCCCGGGCGUCGUCUGCAGGCCGCUCGGGACGUUCAAGUCCAACGCCGAUUUCAACUACGCAACGCUCAAAGCCAACGUCGACAUGCUGAAGCUUAUCCAGCUUGGUUUAACCUUCUCGAAUGAGCAUGGUGGGCUCCCGUCGCUUGGCCCCGAGGGUCGACCUUGUGUUUGGCAGUUCAACUUUCGUGGCUUCGAUCCCCGGACCGACGUCGCUGCUGCAGAUUCCAUUGACUUGCUCCGGCGCAGCGGUAUUGACUUCACCCGUCACUCGGCUGACGGCGCUGAUGCUCGCCGCUUCGCUGAGCUUCUCAUGUCGUCGGGCGUUGUGAUGAACUCUGAGGUUCGCUGGGUUACGUUCCAUAGCGGAUACGACUUUGGCUACUUGCUCAAGUUGCUCACCGGCACAUACCUGCCAGACACGAUAACCGGAUUCUUCGACCUCAUCAGGAUAUAUUUCCCCGUCGUGUAUGACAUCAAGCACUUGAUGCGGUUCUGCAACAGCCUCCAUGGUGGGCUGAACAAGCUUGCCGAGCUGCUUGAUGUUGAGCGCGUUGGAAUUUGUCAUCAGGCUGGUUCCGACUCGCUGUUGACCGCGCUGUCAUUCAAAAAGCUCAAGGAAGCAUACUUCAAUGGGUUAACCGAGAAGUAUGCCGGUGUGUUGUAUGGUCUUGGCACAGAAGGUGGGGAGACCUCCUCUGCUGCUCACUAAGUAAUGGAUAGUUAAAUAAAGGAUGAACUAUGUUUGGAAAAAAAAGGAGAGAGAAAUGGGUGGUGAAUGUGUGAUGCUUGAUUACUUCCUUUUGCUUGACACUAGAUUGCCAGAAAGGUACCACUUUUACCCUCAAUCGUGGUUUACUCUGGGUUCAGUUAGAUUAGGUGAAAAAGUAUUUUGAUGUCUGACUUAGCAGUUGAAGCAAAUUGGACACCAUUGUAGCUCCUACUUAGCGGUUGAAGCUUGCAAUUCUACGCUAAUCAUUCACACCAACUGUAGAAUUAAACACUGAAUAGCAAAAGGAACACUUCCUUUUGUCGUAUCAUAUGCCAAUCUCAUCAAAUCUAGUGAUAAAUAUUUUAGAGAGUGACUCUUUAAGUAAUGAGUAUAGGUGCUGUUCCCUUGCGUACACUUUCCUGGAAGCAAGGACAAUUAUAGAUUCCAUGGGUUGGUUAUUCCUUUCUUAAAUGAUGGAUUUCUUUUUUGUCUAUUUGGUCAUACAGAUGUAACUAACGAGCUUAUAUGUGCAUGCAAUUUUUUUAGUUUGAACA